CUGGGAGACAAACAGUGGUCGGUAUGAAUAGCAUUAGCGUCAACAGCAGUUACUACUACGGGUGCGCGAAUAUAGACACAAUCGGCUUCAAAACAAGCUGGCUCUGUCAACGACUUUGUCACUCUUGCUGUCACUUUGCCCGGGGAAGCGUACAAGAAGGUCAAUUUCAGUGUCUCGAACGUUAAAAUGGAAAGCUACUUUCAGCAGCAAACGGAAGACUGGCUAGCUAGCUGAAGAACUGCUGGCAAUGAUUUAUGCAAAAUAGGACUGGGGAGUAUCAAAAGUUCAAGUCGUGCACGGAUAACCGACGUGUGCAAUCGCUGUCUUCAAAUGGGUUCCUGCAUUUCAACUCGAUUUAUAGUUUGUUGAAUGAUUGAUUUGUCCGUUUUCCAAAUUUUGUGUUGACAACUGCGAGAGGGCAUGUGUCUAAAAUACAGCCCCGUUACAAAUGAUUUGAUUGACAUGCUUUACAAUUAUUGUAACUUAGAUACAUUUAUAUUAACUAGAUGUCGGACAAACUAUUGGGCUUGCUAACUACACAAGAGAAGAGUGGGGCUUAUUUCUGAUACGUAGUCGACUGCAACAGGCGUCCUCUGUUUUCUGGGGGCUAUGGGUGUCAAUAAACAGCCAUCAAUAGCCUAACCUGUUAAUAAACAUUUGACUAGUAGGCCCAUUGCUCUUAUUGUAAGUUUAAGUCUCUUUGGAAAACGGGCGGGUUUGAAUCAGAAGUCUCAUCCUUCGCGUCCAGGGACACUCACGCAACAUUUAUCUGAGCGGCGCUGUCGCCUUGGAUCGAUUAUCCUGGGCCAUCAUGUGGACGUCGGGGUCCACGACCCUGCAGCACUUUGUUAAGAUCCUGAAACAUGCCGCGGGUAAAGGGCAGAUUCAACUCAACCGUUGGUUGCAGAGGACAAACACAGAUGAGUGCGACAAAAUAGACAUAUUGAUAUGCAACGCCUUCGAUGAGAGAGGCGCCAUCGGAAAACCUGACCCGGUCACAGAAAUCAGCGACACAGGGGUUUCAUUUACCGGUGACUUCAGACACCCGUGUUGUAUUACUACCUGCUGUUUCAAGAGCGCCCUGCUGGCAUGCAUUUUGACUGCUGUGUGCUUCUCUUCCGUGGCUCUCGUGCGCCAAUACCUCAAGGAUCUUCUCCUAUGGGUCGAAAGUUUGGACAGUUUUGUCGGAGCCUUGCUGUUCAUAGUUGGCUUGAUUAUCGUUUCGUUCCCUUGCGGAUGGGGGUAUAUUGUUCUCAACGUGGCAGCGGGCUACCUCUAUGGCUUCGUACUUGGUAUGGGACUAGUUAUGGUGGGAGUUUUGAUUGGGACCUUCGUGGCGCACCUUGUGUGCAAGCGACUAUUGACUGACUGGGUGCUGAACAAGGUCGGGAACAGUGAGCAACUCAGCGCCGUCAUACGAGUUGUGGAGGGUGGAAGUGGACUCAAAGUUGUGGCCUUAGCAAGACUCACGCCGAUACCAUUCGGCCUCCAAAAUGCAGUUUUUUCGAUCACAGACGUGUCCUUGCCAAACUACCUGGUGGUCUCUUCCGUGGGCCUGCUGCCCACCCAGCUGCUCAACUCCUACCUGGGCACCACCCUGCGCACCAUGGAGGACGUCAUCGCAGAGCAGAGCAUCAGCGGAUACUUCGUCUUCAGCCUGCAGAUCAUCAUCAGCAUCGGGUUGAUGUUCUACGUGGUCCACCGCGCACAGGUGGAGCUCAAUGCCGCCAUCGCCGCCUGCCAGAUGGAGCUGAAGACGUCCCACGUGAACGGCAGCUCCACCAAUCACAGCGGCUUCACCUACUGCAGCAAGAGGGCCUCGGCAGGGGGCGGGGUCAACGUGGUCUGAUUGCUGAACAGGCAUUGUGGGGGGCGAAACUAAAGUGUUACACACACACACCCCUCCCCCUCUCAUGUCAUCGACGGGUAGCGAGGUCGUACUACGUUCCAUUAGGGUGUGUGAUCCUACCAAGAUGGGUGGUUGUGUGGAUCUGGCCGGUUUACGACAGAGGACUGGAGAAGUUGUUUGUAAACCAGGUAGAUGGUGUGUUUUCUUCACCAUUUGCCCACCAUGGCACCUUCCCCUCCCCCUCCAUCACAGCCAAUAUCCAGGCUGAGUUCUGUGGAUACUCUCUUUUAAAGAGCGGGACCAUGGUUCAUCAACAAACUGGUAUCCUAUGAGCGAUGACUUAAUGGUGUCAAAGGACAUACAUUUGUUUUUUUUGGUUGUUGUUUUUUCCCCCUCUCCUUGAAACUGGACUCAUCCGGCUCUGUUACAAGGGUCGUUAUGCAGAUGGUCAUAAGUUAAAUAGGCCUCAGUUGAGUAUGUAAUUACAAAAAUAGGCAUAACUGCUGCCUGCUAAUAAUAUGAAUGUGUAACCUAGAUAUUUUUACAAAUGUACCAAGGAGAUGUCAUUUUUACUAAUGCCUACUUAUGUGCUGUGCAUAUUCCAGCGAUUUCUUGUUUUUCCUCAUUUGCUAUUAUUUUCGAUACAUUUUCUAAGUAAUUUAAAGUCCAUUUCUGAUUUGUAAAAUGGAAAAAAAGGUAUUAUAAAAUUGGGGUUUCUAUUUUGCAGUUUAGUUGAAUUCUCUUUUAUGUUUUAAAGUGUCUUAUUACUAGGAUAGACAGGAAAAAAAGGAGAGGGAGAAAUGUCUUUGUAAGCGUUCUAACCAAGCGACUUCUGCUGGCUAAGAUCCCCUCAGCCACGUCUGUCCAGGAUUGUUUCAGCAAUAAUGCUGCGCUGAUCUAGGAACAGAUGGACAGGAGUGCAAGUUUCUCAGUGGGACAUUUUUGAAUGUUCUGCCGGGAAAACUGAGUGCAGUAUGAUUCACUCUAGGGUUAGCAUAACCAGUCUCUUCUCCUCUUUGGCAAUAGGAUUCCUACAGAAGUGAAAAUGGCAGCCAUUUCUGGCCUUUAGAAAAGUUAUUUAAUUGGAGGGAAGCUAAUUUUAUUUCAGCUGUUUAGUUUUAGGCUAAUUAGAUUCUAAUUUUGAAAGUUGGAACUUUUUGUUUGUUUUCAUUCAUUGAUUGUUUGUUUUCAUUCAUUCUGCUGUGCAAUGCAACUAUACAAUGAACGGCAUGAUUGUCAAUUUCAAUGCUGUAACCAAACACAAAUAUUUUUUCCUCCAUGCACACAACGGAGAUAUAUAAAAUGUUCUCCUCACAUUAUGAAUACUAAAGCCUGGUGAUGUGACAAAACUGUUAAUUUUCUACGUGCCAUAAUGCUUAUUAACCCCUUUUGAGUUAAGGGUACACGUGACUUACUACUUAGUUAUUACUAUGUAAUUAUCUACAUAUGACUAUUAUUUCCACGUCAGGUUUCAUUUGGAAAUCCUUUCGGACACAACUAUAGAUUAUCCAUAGAUUUAUUUGCACAGUUGACAAACAAUAUUUUUUAUAUUGAAAUGUAAAACUGGGUAAGGAUUGGUUCAUUUAGGUGAAGGCUUUCUUGGAAAUGGUGUCUGACAAUCAAACAGGAUAUGGACACGAAUGAAUGAGAUCAUGGUGUGUAUAAAAUAUAUUUUGUAUUCUAUCGUGUUGCUGCUCCUCAAACUGAAAGGUUUGAUUGAGGGAAUAUUGAAAAGGGCUCCUGUUUUUUCUCUAUCUCCAAAUCCUGAUUUUUAUUCUUAUUGAUGGCCACAAUCUUUUCCCCAUCCUGUUAUUUCCCUACUCUGUUAUUAAGACAACAGCACAGACAGUCAACAUGUACGUCAAACACAUUCCCUUGCUGUUAGUUCACUCAAAACCGGUGAAAUUACUUUGUAUGCUUCAUAUCUUUUCUGGAAUGUCCUCACAUUUCUUCUGUGGUUAAAAGGACCCCUUUCUGUCAGAAUUUUGCAAUAACGUAAAAGCGAGCAAUCUUUUUUCAUUUGAUUUUUAUUGUUCUAUGAACCAAAGUCAGUGAUCAAUUCGAUACAAUUCAAAGAGUGAUUUACAUUUUACAUUUAGUCAUUUAGCAGACGCUCUUAUCCAGAGCGACUUACAGUAAGUACAGGGACAUUCCCCCGAGGCAAGUAGGGUGAAGUGCCUUGCCCAAGGACACAACGUCAUUUUUGCACGGCCGGGAAUCGAACUGGCAACCUUCUGAUUACUAGCCCGCUUCCCUAACCGCUCAGCCACCUGACUCCCCACCUGAUUUCCUCCACUUUUUAAAUUAAUAGAAAUAAUAUUUGAGUUGAUAAUUCCCAAUUUUUCAGCUCCCAGAUGACUACAACUUCAAUUUGAAUCAAGUUCAUUUUCACCCCGGCACUUGUUCUUGUAGAAGAUGUGUCCUGACAUUCCCAGGCUUGUGCAACAACAACCUGCCUGUCACCUCGUGCUGCCUAUCUGACAUGUAUGGACACUUAAAUGCUGCCUAUGACUUGGUAGUAGAUUAGAUUGUUCACUAACCAUCAGCAAACUGUCAAGCAACCAUUCUCCAAAACAAACUCUUGCUUUUUGUCACCAAUCGACUAUAGCAGACUGUUUGGUUUAAGAAUAUUUUGACAUUAUUAGGCUAUUUAACAUAUUGAGGCCUAUUCAAAUAAAACGUGACAUUUUCACUUUGUUGAGGGGCAAUAACGAACUACUCUGCCAAGUCUAAUGCAAAAAAAAGAGAAAAAAAUGGAUUUUAGACCAUGAUUUGCCAUCAUGG